AUGAGCGCAACCAAGAGAGCAGCAUCCCCUUCCGACCCAGACAACCCCAAACGUCCUCGAGCAGAAACCGCCAGCCUCCAUUCCUGGCUCCAUCCCAAAGCCCCUCCACUGCUUCUAUCACACUCCCCACCUCUCCACUCUUCAUCCUCUACUUUCCUCGCCUUCUCAAUAGCCUUUGUCCCCCCAGCACAUGCGACCAGCGAAACAACAGUAGCAAAGGAAGCUAGGCGGAUAGUGAGGGAGCUGGACGUCGUCAGCCGUGUGGGAGCGUUGGCCAUGGCGGCGGGUGAGGGAGCAUUCGAGGACGGCGAAGGCAGGGCGCCCGGGAAAGCGCGGGCCAGAGAGCCUGACCAUAGGAUGUGGGCUUGCAGGUCCUUAUGUCUGAAAGAUGGCAAGAAUGGGACGGAAGGGGAAGACGCCUAUCAACUCAUCGAAAGCUUUGAUGACGACGGCGAGAAGUUUGGUGGGGAGCGUAUCUUGAAAGUACUCAAGGAGCACCAUGCUGUUGAUGUGCUCUCUGUAUGUGUACGGUGGUACGGAGGUGACAUGAUCGGCCCGAUCCGAUUCCAGCAUAUAGCAACCACAGUUCAAACCUCAUUAAACAGCCUCAACAGUCUAGUCCACCUACGCGAUCUACGUCAGGCUCUGACUGCUCUGGACGAGGAAAUCACCCUCCUGCGAGUCGCCAUCGCCGAAACCAGCUCUUCCCAAGCGAAAGCAGACGACGAGACACCCGCUCCACUCAUCAAACCCAAGCCAAACCCCAAUUACGAUGCUAUCGAUGAUGUGGCUAAGCUCGAACGACUCGUCGUGGCUCGUGAAAGAGCGCUCGCUGUCUUGCAAAAGAAGCAAAAGGCAUCGUUAUAA